UACACAGUUUCGCGGCGAAAAAGAAUGUUAAUCCUGGAAAACGGGCUCCUAGAAAGCAGACACCUGCAGACAAAAACCAAAUUAAUAUUGUAUACACGGUGAAGAAACCACGAGAUGGAUCGAAAAUAGAAAUAUAAACAACCAGCCAUCGUUAAAACUUGCAAUUUGGUUAACUCAGCGUGAAAUACUCGAAAAGUAAUGGUUCUCUCUGUUUUUAGCGGUUUGAAAGUACAAUCGCCGUACGACAAAGGUACAAAGUUUGUAGAAAGGUCGGACACCUAAGUGAACAGAAUCCUUGUUUUUGCGAGGAGCUCUUGCGUUUAUUAACAAAGACAACUGAAAAGUUUCCACAUGGAAAAACACAGCUUGAAACAUACAGUGGCAACCUAACUUUGGCAAAAAAUUUCGUUUGGGCGGAUUAAAAGGUAAAUACACACAUGGCAAACAAGUGCAUUUAUCGAUGCAAAUCCAACCGUUGGCUUUUGUCUUCACAGAAAUGGAGAAAAUCAAUUUGAAAAGAAUCCCUGUCUUGAAGGUUAAUUUUGCAUUAUGUUUACAUAAGUCAUGGGAGGACGCGGUGACAGCUUCUGAAUAUUGCAUGAAUGUUUGUACAAAUAAAAUACCUUUAAAACGAUAUCAAAUAUUUCAAAAGUAUAAAUAUUUAAUCAACUUUGAUUUAAGGAGGCAAAGUGCCUAUUCGUCUGACACUUCUGCUUGCCUUCUCGACGGCGAAGUCCAAACCUAGGAGAACUUCCCUGAACAGCCUCCAACACUUCAGAAUUAACUCUGUCAAACACAAGCAAAAUGGCCUCUUCAACCCACGACCAUCAACUAAGCAGCUACGAGCCUGAGCUCAAGAAAGACGAUAGCGACUCGAGUCAAGUUGAGAGCGAAAAAGCCGAAACUAAGGAGGCCUCGUCGAAAGAUCCCAAUGUGAAGCCGCCGUACUCUUACGUCGCGCUGAUCGCGAUGGCGAUUCGAGAGUCUUCAGAAAAGCGGUUAACCCUCAAUGGAAUUUACCAGUACAUUAUCAGUAAGUUUCCGUUUUACGAGAAGAAUAAGAAGGGAUGGCAAAAUUCCAUACGGCACAAUUUGUCACUCAAUGAGUGUUUCAUUAAAGUUCCCCGAGAAGGCGGCGGGGAGAGAAAAGGAAACUACUGGACCUUAGAUCCAGCUUGCGAGGAUAUGUUUGAGAAAGGUAACUACAGGCGCCGGCGCCGCAUGAAGAGACCUUACCGGCAACAAACUCUGCAGCACACCAACGGAAUGCUAACAGAUCCGCGCGCGGCAGCGUAUGGAAACUUCAUCGCUCCCAAGUGGUCAGCUUAUAAUCCAGUUCAAAGUGUACCUACUGCAGGAGGAAACUGGCGAACUGCUCAGCCUGCUGGCCCUCUUUCGUACCCGUGCAACCCGCAAUCGUCUAGAGUUCCACCGGGGUAUGCGGUUGCACCCUACAUGAACAUGGGAUCAACUGUUGGAGUCCCAGUCAGCUCAUACACAGGUACGCAGUAUUCUACACAAAUCCAGAACCCCGUGAAUAAUCAAUGUGGGUACGGAGCCGUGGCAAUGCCCAGUGUAGGUUGUCGCAGACAAACUGAUCAUACAGCCGCAGUGCAUGGCCAUCAUUUUACUAAUCCGUACUGGAAUCCACCUGACAAGCAUUCAUUUGACGCUCAACCACGUUCAUAGGGUAAACGUGUGCGAGAGAUUAUUGACUGAAAAAACGUUUCUACGAUCUAGAGAUUUUAUUUAUAUGAGAACACAUAAGAAUUACUCUUGGACCUGACUGCAAAUAGAGAAAGAAAAGUACGGAAAAAGCCUCUUAAAAAAAGCAAAAAAAAAAGCGAACUAACAAACUCGAGAUGUACGCUCCAAAAUUAUAGAGAUUUCAUGUAAUAUUUGAGUAUUAUAUUUACUUUAAUCAUUAAAUCAGAAGCCCCUUGAUAUGGUAUCUGGGCAUUCCAACCAGUUCAGCAGUUGACCUUCCAAACAAAUCAAAUUGUACCAAAUCUAAUAUUAUCUACGAUAAAGGAAAAAAAGGAAAUGAAAAUUCUCCUAAGAUUUAUUCUUAUUGCGCACGUUUUCGAAUGCUCGAAGUUCAAACUGAAAGUUGACGAGCUAGUAAAUUCAUUAGGUACACUUUUGUGAACUGUUAUUAGUAUAGACUUUCUACUUCAGCGUGAAUGCGUGAAACGCCAAUGAUCUCUUUUGCCGCGUGAAGUCUUUUAGCUUUUAACUGUAACUUGCAGUUACACUUUCAACAAAGAGGAUUUUGUCGAUCUGUUCAAUCCAUUUUAGAAUUUUGAGGAAGUACCUCUAGUGUUUGUUGACUUUGAUUUUGAAUAAUUUCUCGAACCGGCGGUUACUCGCCACUUAAAAGGUUCAAGGAAGAAAUGGAAGAAACGAACUUUUUGAAAAUAAUUUAUUUGCCGAUGCGGCAUUGUCACUGUCUUUUCUAUGCCUUCAAAGAAAAUAAACUCAUAGUCAGGGUA